GAUGGAGGGGUGGCUCUACCUGAUCCGAUCCAACCGCCUCGGCCUGCAGACCUCCCGCAAGAGGUACUUCGUCCUCGAGGACUCUGCGCUACGCUGCUUCAAGGCCGCCCCGCCGCCUUCCACCUCCGGCGCCACGCUCGAGGAUCCUGUUAGAAGUGCAAUAAUUGACUCUUGUAUACGCGUUACAGACAAUGGGAGAGAAAGUGUUCAUAGAAGUGUUUUUUACAUAUUCACACUGUACAAUGCUUCUAACCACUAUGAUGAGCUGAAGCUGGGUGCUAGAAGCUCAGAAGAAGCAGCUAGGUGGAUCAGGUGCUUAAUGGAGUCUGCCCUAAAGUCUCCUAGAAAUGAUGAGCAUGUUGUUGCUUGUUCACAUCGAAGAUGGCAGGCUUUCAGAUUAAGCCGCCGCAGUAGCCGCAUGCACUCAAUUGCAGAUUGGACUGCAUUGUCGUCUGCUAAUAACGAUCCUAUGGCAUCUGAUGUUGUUGCACCUUCCGCAUGGACAAUAUUUGGCUGCACAAACGGAUUACGUUUGUUUACUGAGGCGAAAGAUGGUGGCUCACGUGGGAAGUAUUGGGAUGAUCAUCCAGCUAUAAUGGCAGUUGGUGUUGUUGAUGCGAAUACUGAGGAUAUCUUCCAGACUUUAAUGUCUCUUGGUCAAUCAAGAUCCGAGUGGGACUUCUGUUUGAGGGAAGGACGUGUGGUUGAGCACCUAGAUGGUCAUUCAGACAUAAUCCACAAGAAAUUAAGAGGGGACUGGCUACCAUGGGGAAUGAGAAAGAGAGAUCUAUUACUUCGACGGUAUUGGAGGAGAGAAGAUGAUGGAACUUAUGUUAUCCUGUACCAUUCUGUUUUCCACAACAGAUGCAGUCCAGAGAAAGGCUACAUCCGUGCCUGUCUUAAAAGUGGAGGAUAUGUAAUAUCACCAGUUAGUCAAGGAAGACAAUCAGUUGUGAAGCAUAUGCUUGCUAUAGACUGGAAAUUCUGGAAGUCCUAUCUCCUUGCCUCAUCCGCAAAAUACAUCACCAUACGUAUGCUAGGAAGAGUAGCAGCCCUACGAGAAUUCUUCCGAGCAAAAAAUGGAAACUGUGGUUGCAUUGAGUUCUCAUCGGGUGAGCUGACGAGGGAUAUGGGACUGCAGCAGGGUGAAAAUGGGCGACUCAAAAUAGAAAUGCAGUUGGCUAAUGAGAGCAAAAGGUUUGAGGACACAACAGAAGGAUCACAGGGUGGUUCCAACCGGCAAUUAAGCAGUGCUGGUUCCUUUGUUCAACUCAAUGACGGAACGGAUGAGUUCUUUGAUAUCCCAGAUGAAUCAGAAUAUGACCAGAGAGAAGCCAUGUGGUCUUCUGAUGAGAGCACAAAUGCUGCGGACCAACGGCAUGGUAAAUUGUCCAGUGCUGCUGUCUUCGUACGAAAGUUGCAUGAUCUUGCAGUCCAAAAGCGAGGGUAUGUCGAUUUACAGGGAGCUGCGGAUGCUGAUAAUGGUCCAUGUUAUUAUGGACAUACUCUUCCGAAGGAUUCUAGCUGUACAAUACCUUCUAGUUGGUCAAUGACAGAUCCUACAACAUUCUUAAUCCGUGGAGAAUCCUAUUUGCAUGAUCGUCAUAAGAUAAAAGCAAAUAGUACACAAAUGCAAAUGGUAGGUGCUGACUGGAUAAAAUCUGAUAAGCGUGAGGAUGAUCUCGCUGGUCGUCCUGGAGGACUAGUCCAGAAAUAUGCAGCACAGGGGGGCAACAAAUUUUUCUUCAUUGUAAAUAUACAGGUUCCUGGUUCUACCACGUACACCUUAGCUUUGUAUUAUAUGAUGGAUACCCCGCUGGAAAAGGUUCCCCUACUUGAAGCAUUUGUAAAUGGAGAUGAUACAUUUAGAAAUUCGAGAUUCAAACUCAUUCCUUAUAUCUCAAAGGGAUCUUGGAUUGUGAAGCAGAGUGUGGGCAAGAAAGCUUGUUUGAUUGGUCAAGCACUAGAAAUCAAUUACUUCCGUGGAAGUAACUAUCUGGAGCUUGGAGUUGAUAUAGGCUCAUCAACAGUGGCAAGAGGUGUAGUGAGCCUUGUGCUUGGGUACUUGAACAACCUGGUGAUUGAAAUGGCCUUCUUGGUACAGGGCAACACACAAGAAGAGCUCCCAGAGUUCCUUUUAGGCACCUGCCGGCUGAAUUACCUCGACGCCUCCAAAGCUAUAUCGCUAGACGAAUGCUGAUCUCUAAAGGAGGUGUCAGCUUGACCCCAAUUCUUUUUCGAAGCCUGAGUACAGCACAACAAAAACCAAAAGGCUCAAGUCAUUCUUUCUCCCGGCCAUACAUUCCUUGCCGCCCACAGAAGCAUGGGCCUGGAUUUGCCGCAGCAUUGUACAUUCAUUCAUUUCCUUCUUUGCUGAGAGAGGUAGUAUUGCGUUGUAAUGAUGGUUGCAGUCUACUAGUACGAGAUACAGAGCCUUUCUCCCAUCCUCUGGCCGACAGCUCGUCAUCAAGUAAAGGAUGAGGCAAAAGAAAAGUGUAUUCUAACCCCGACCCGUGUUGUUCAUUCUGAGUCUAAUCUGGGAUCAGAGAUCAUCA